AUGAGACAGUUGACUGCUUUAAAAUUAUGUUUAUUUGGCGAGAUUAGUGUUAAGGAAUCCGAAUCUAUAGGCAAUUUAAACCAAUUAACAUCAUUAAGUAUUACCAAUGGUGUGUUUCCAACUGGAGGAUUAGAAAAUGUUAGUCAACUGAAUCAAGUUACGGAUCUAGAUUUGCUAUUUUGUGAAUUUGACAUUGAAGGAUUGAAAUCAAUUAGAAAAAUGAAACAAUUGAAAAAGCUAUCUAUUAAUUGUACCAGAUUUGGAUCUGAAAUAGCCAAGUUUAUUAAUGAAUUAAACGAAUUAGAAGAACUUUACUUGAAUAGAAAUGAAAUUGGAACCGAAGAAGCCAAAUCAAUUAGUCAACUCAAAAAAUUAACAAAACUGAACUUGUGUAGUAAUUAUAUAGAUGAUGAAGGUUUGAAUUAUAUUAGCAAGAUGAAUCAAUUAUUAGAAAUUGACAUUGCAUUCAAUAAUUUUACAAUCGCAGGAAUCAACCAUCUCAUAAAGAUGAAUCAAUUGAAAAGUUUGAGAAUUGAUGAAAAUGGAAUUUACCAUGCGAAGGCAAAAUUAAUAAGUGAAAUGAAUAAUUUGACUAAUCUAAGCAUUAUGUACAAUUCUAUUGGACCUUCGGAAACUAUUUCAAUAAGUGAAAUGAAGAAUUUGACUAGUUUGGACAUUUCUGAGAAUUCAAUUGGAGAUGAAGGUUGUAAAUUUAUUAGUGGAAUGAAAUAA